AUGAUUAUAGUUUGCUGGUUUUCCCCACAUCUCGAAAGUGUCUUUUUACUUCUCAUUCGGCGGCGUCGCAGUUCAUCUCGUUCCCGCAGUUCAAGAUCUUCGAGGAAGGCUCUUGAUAGAGACCGUCACUAUCGUACAAGAAGACGUUCCUCCUCAUCCUCUUCGUCUAAAUCCUCCGCCCCGGAGAAAUACAGUCAUCGUCGACGUCGGAGGACGUCCACGUCAUCAAGAUCAGUAUCUGCCAAGAAUGAAAAUAAGGCCAGAUCACCGAGUGGUGGUGAGAGGUUAGUAUUUUGA